AUGAAGUUCGUGGCGUUUUUAGCUGUUUUCAUUAUCCUGAAAGCCAACGCUAUGGAUGAAGAAUUUUUGAAGUCCACUCGAGCCAAGGUCCGAAAAAUCGCAGAAGACUGUGUCAGCCAAGAAAACGCCCAAAUGAGCGACUUGGACACAAUCAUGGAUUUGAAAAUACCAGACAGCCACGAAGGCAAAUGCGUCUUGUUUUGUACCCACAAAAAAUUCAAUGUGCAAAACGACGAUGGAAGUAUCAAUAGAGAAGGUGCUAUGGAAACUUUGGAAAUCGUGAGAGAUGUAGACGCCGAUUUUCACAAGAAAGCUAUUGAUGCGUUUGACCACUGCAUGCAAACUCCGACUGAACCCGAUCCGUGUCUGUAUUCCGCAUCGCUGUCCAUAUGUUUCCUGAAGAAGGCGAAAGAGGAGGGUAUUCACGAAUUAAUAAUGGAAUAA